GGCUCGAACACGGUCACUUGCAAGUUCGACCGCACCUGCAACCUCCCUCACUGCGCGUACACGCACCCCAGCGGGCGCGAGAUCGAGGACCUGCCGAUGAACGUCAUCUGCAGGUUCCUGCGCCGCUGCACGCGCCCAGGCUGCUUCUUCGUGCACCCGAGCGGCCGCGAGCUAGACGAGAAUGCCCAGCUCGGGGUGUGCAACAGAGGGCAGGAGUGCAACGCGCCCGACUGCUCCUUCUCGCACCCGGAGUCCCGGGUCCCGGUCACGAUCCGGCUCACCAGCGACCCCCAGAAGGGGGGCGGUGCCCAGGGCCACGUCAGCACGCCGAAGGUCCGGGUCGGCGGCUUCCCGCCCGAGUGGUCCGCGGAGGGCAGCGAGGCCCUCGUGUCGCGCCUCUUCGAGGAGCUGGUGGCCUUCGGCAGCCUGGUGGCGCCGCCGGAGCUAUCCGAGGAUGCGCGCCCUCCUGCUGCAGGGGCAACAACUAGUCAGUGUGGAGAGCCGGAC